UGGGCCUUCAGUUGACAUCGCGACGUCGACGGAAUCGUAUUGCGUGUACGUGCAUUUAACCGGCGUGUUUGACUGGUCCACGGUUUUGGAAAACGUUUCGAUUAUUAUUAUUAUUAUUAUUAUUAUUAGUGCGGAUGCGUUCGCGAAGAUAUUUGUGUCCAAGCAAACGUGUUCCAGUGUGAAAAUAGUGCAGGAACGACUCCGGGAGAUUGAAACUGCAUCAGCCUGAGAUCUAAUUUUGGUUUCACGUGCUAUCAAUUCUGUUUAGCGCACAUACAUUUAUGGAGUGACGGAUGCGCGGGACACGUGUGCGAGCACGUGGACGCCGAGGAAAUCGCCAAUCUAUCGUCUAUCUAUCGCGAGACGUCUGAUAUCAUCCCUGUUUUAUGCACCAAAGCAUCCCUCGAACGUGACUUACGACGCGUCGGAUAGGAUUAGGAGAAAAUUCCCUGUCGAAAUUGCCUGCAGAUUGGCGAGUCGUGAGUCAUCAACCACAUCCGAUGGAGGAUGUACUGACAAUGAAGUCAGGUUCACUUCCGUGGAGGAAGUGAAAGAAACAUAUAUACGAGUCCAAAUGUCAUUCUGAUAAGCGUCAUCGGCAGGAGAAAUAUUCAGCAGAUCCGCCGGAAGUGAAGGCACGACAGGAGGGUGACAUUAGGAGUGGACGUCCUAUGAGCUGCGCGCGCAUCCCUUAGGACACUGUCGCGCGGCGCGCAUACGAUGCAACCCGACGAGGAGAUUCAGUAUGCGCCGAGAAGCCGGCCGGUGAGCUUUUAUGACAACUAUAAGGUUGUGCCGGUGACGCCGUCUUGCGUCACUUCCGCAAUGAGCGUGGGCAAUCUGAAUCAGGUUCGCGACGGAAAUAGCACGUCCGUCGUGUCUCACAGCAUCAACAACAGCAUUAAUACCAAUAUUAACAAUAAUAACAACAACAACAGGGUCAGUAGUGCCGUCAGCACGGGCAACGUGUCGAAGAUUAACACUGCCAAGGUCACCGGUGCAGUAUCAACCGGGAACAUCGGACGAAUCUCCCGCGGCGAUAAAGAGAAAGAGCUCGGUCGAGCACCAUCGAUGGCCAACUGCUUGUCAACCACGGUUCCUGUCAACCUGGCAGCUUCUCAAAUAGCCGGUCGACACACGCCCACAAGGAAUUCUCUAAGGCACAGCAGGAUGAUCGUGAUGCACCGAACCGGUCAUCGUUUACUUUUAGAUCGAGAGAAGUUUUUGCCUCCUUUGAUCUAUCAUCGACGAUUAGCCCGAUGUCUGGCGGCGCUGCAGACUAUCCUCGGCAUCGCGGUGACUUCCCUGUCAUUAUGGUUGCUACUUUGGGCACCGCAUCUUCCCAUCGUGGACAAUCCCUACUGGAGCGGCAUGCCUCUUUUGAUGUCUGGCAGUUUUGGAAUCUGUCUCCUAUGCUGUUUCAAGAAGGAAUAUCCGGAGAUGACUCCCGGAUUUUGUCUUUCUACCACAAAGGUUGUUAGCGUGUUUUUGGCAAUUCUGGCUACCGUUGCGUGCGUGAGCGCAUGCAUAUUCUCCGCGAUGCACUUGUCGCGUCUCAUGGGACUGGAAUGCACUCCGGCACGAGUACUAAACGCCACGUGUGUAUGCAGGCCACGCGGCGAGCCGCCUGAUUCACUCGAUGGUGCAGUCAGAUAUAUGGACCUUAAUUGUCCCGAGGUAGAAGGUAUUCUGACGAUCCUCCUUAUCUUCUCGUGUACUUGCAACGGAUUAGGCGUCUUAGUAGCAGGAUGUUAUAGUUACCUACAUUGGAGCACGCGAUACAAGAGGCCAAAGUAUAUACAGGUCAGGACCAACAACAUUUCCAUGAACAAUGCUCUCAGCAAUAAACCGAUCUACAAACCAAAGUUGGAAGAACGAUGACGCUUGCAGAAGCUAUAAUGACCGAAAUGCUUCCAUUUUGUGUUCUGAUCCGUCAACAUCUUCCUUUAUGAUCGUAGAAUUUAAAAGUUCUGUUUAAUUUAUUAACGAACGAAACCAUCCCGAUAAAUAAAAUGACAAAAGUAAUUAUUAUUUCUGAUGCACAAACGAGAAAUAAAAAUAUAUCUUUUACACAUAUAUGAAUAAGGAAAUUUCAAUCGACGAAUUUUCUUUCAAUUUACAGUGGAUAAUAAGUUCGUAAUUUUAUAAAAAAAGUGACAUAAUAAAUAAUUAUGGUAAUUGAAAACUCAAGAUUUAAAAAAGUGUAAGUGCACAUAUAUAUUAUUAAUGACAUAAUAAUGAUAAUUAUAAUGAUAUUAUUAAAAUACGAUAUAAUAAUGGAUCACUGUACGAUGACUCGGAAAAACAAUUUCGGACUCAUUAAUUAGCGUUUAUUUUUUUUAUUACGUGGAGGCUCAGUAUUUGUUUAAACUUUAUGUGAGUAUUUAUGUGUGCGUGCAUCUGACAGUGCGUUUGUCUUUCAACGUGAAAGAAUUUGAAGGAAACGCGUGAAUGAAGACUAUACAUACUGAUUUUUAUCUAUACUUAUAUAUUAAGACUAAGGUUUAUAAAAAUAAAACAAGUACCUCAAACUUUAAAAUAAUACAAUAUCAAGAUAUUUACGGUUAUCUUUUAUACUUUACAUAUUUAGAUGUAUUUAGUAAAAUAAUAUGAAAUUGAAAAUUAUGUUGUAUGUAUUUAUGCAAAAUCUGUGGCAAUAAGAUAUUGAUACAAAAUUACAUAUGUACACUAUGUGUGUUACAGUCUUACUACAAGAUUCAAUUCUAGAAUUGCUCAAAAUAUCGAAAUAAAAAUCGGUAUUAAAGAACUCUAUGCAUGUCAAAAAUACAAUGUGGAAGAAAAAAAUUAGAAAUAUAUGCAACAAUUAUAUUUGUUUUUAAUAUAAAUCUAUUUAUACUACGUAUAAAUAUAAUGUGAUUUAAUUUGCAACUCUGCUUUCCUAUAUAAAAGAAUUACUUGAUUCUUAUGCACACUGCUUUUUUAAAUAAAUAGUCUUGUUAAUAUCAA